UUGAUCAUUAUGGGAGUUCAUGGACUUCAGCAAUACAUUGAUAGCAACAUUGAUUUUCUGAUGACCUGCUGCUUUAGACAAAGCAAACUCAUCAUUGAUGGAUCCUGUUUAUUCCACUGGCUUUACUUCGAAUCUAAUUUGGACCAAAUACAUGGUGGAAAUUAUAAUGACUUUGAGAAAACAGUUACAUUAUUUUUCAAAAAUCUUGGAGCAUGUAAUAUUGAGCCCUAUGUGGUGCUUGAUGGAGGUGAUGAUAUCAAAGGGAACAAAUUCGAAACCAUGAAAAGAAGAUGCCAAGAAAGAAUCAGAAGAGCUAAUGCCUUGUCCAGAGGUUGUUCGGGUGAACAUUUACCAAUUCUCAUUAAAAAUGUGUUCAAGCAGAUUCUGCAGAAAAUUGGGGUUCACUUUAUUCAGUGUCUGACUGAGGCAGACUGGGAAGCAGCUGCUUUGGCCAACGAGUGGGGCUGUCCUAUUCUGUCAUCUGACAGUGAUUUCUACAUCUUCAGCAACCGGGGUGGAUUUUUACCCAUCACUUAUUUCAAGUGGAGGAAAGGUAGCCAUCAUAAAUGCAUCCCUGCCAAAUUGUUUAGAUUUGAGAACCUAUGUGCCGCUUUUAACCACAUGAAUAGACAUAAUCUUUCACUGUUUGCUAUUAUUCAAGGCAAUGACUACUACAAUCUGGACAAGAGACAAUUUCCAAACUUUUCACAGUUCUCAACUAGACUAGGAAAAACUUCCAAGAUUGAUGGCUUGCUUACAUGGUUAUCGCAUUUCACAGGACCAACAGAAGCCAUUUCAUCGCUGAUGAGCCAAAUGAAGAAGGAUGUAAAAUCAGACAGCCUUAGGCAUAAUAUUAAUCAGGCAAUGGAGAUGUACAGACUCAAGCCCAGUUCCAUAGCCCAGUUCUUCAUAAAUGGAGAACCUCAGAGCAGGCCAUUACAGAACCUACCAGACUGGACUCUGAAACCUCUGGCAGAAGGCAAGUUGGCUUCAAGCAUUAUUGCAGUUCUGACACAAAAAAGGGUGAUAUUGAAGUUCCAGGUGGAGGAUUUUGGGCUAAGCAGCAGCAACCACACCUCUCAGCUCAUACGGCAAGUGAUGUACGGCAUACUCCUGUGUACAAGGCGGCAGAACAUUAUUAAAUGCAGUACAUCUGAUGAAGAAAACCAACAAUACGAUGUUGAAGAAUAUGACAGACAAAAAACAACACUGAUAAGCUCCAUGGUUCCAGCUGUUCUUCCAAGAUGUGUAGAAACACAACUUCAUCUGGACUCAUUGUGGGAAGCUCCACAGGAUGUACGUCUGCAGGUCAUGUUGGAGGCUCUUGAGGUGUCGCAGAUAGCUGAUUCAACUGUCCCUGAAGGACUACAGCUAGCAGUGUAUGUCACAUGUUUCUGGUUAAAACAUGCAAAGCCUAAGCCGAGAGCAGAAAUAUUCUGGGCUUUACUAGUCAGCCUUGUUUAUGGAUACCUGUGCAGAGAACCAAAGACUGAAGAGGUUGAAGUACUGAGUUUGGAGUUUGAAAAGCUGUAUAGGUGUAAUAGUAGUAGAGCUAUGGAUCUAAAGUUGGCUCAUGCUUAUUGCCAGUGGCAUUGCUGUUUGAAAGACAGCUUCACUCUGAACCAACUACUAAAUCAUCCAGUGCCAGAACCAGAGUUGGCAUCCUUGUACUGUGGCUCUUUGCUACAUGGUGCAGCUCAUGAACUGAAACGAGGCAGAGAUCCCGAGUCUGUUCUUACUGGAUCCUCAGUCGCAAUCAGCCUUUACCAAUCUCUGCAUGCAGCUGUGGUAUGUGAGCUAGAUGAUGACUUCAUCACAAAGAUGCAGACUAGGACAAGGGAAUGCCAGAAGUCUGUGGAUAAACUAAGCAAUGCAUUUGAACAUCUAAUGGAUGAGGAUGAGGAGGAGAAUGUAGCAUGUAGAGAGAAUGUAGAUGAUAAGUUGCCUUAG